CCCAACCACAACACUGGCCAAGAUGAGCACCCAGCCGCGGCGCAGGCGGAGGAGGAGGAAGAAGCGCCGCGCUGGUGCCCCACUCCGGGAUUUCCCCCCCCGCCCGCCGGCCCCAAUGUUUACGUUCCGGGCACGCCUCUGACGCCUUUUCGCCCUCCCCGAGAGCCAGAGAGACAAGCCGAGCCCAAGCCAGGGAUGGGUGGGUGGAUUGAUGGACUGAUGGAGUGACGGCUUGCCCAGGGAGCGCACCCGCCUCGGAAAAGUGCUGAUCCGGGGGGCAAACUUUACUCUACCCCUGGGAGGAAGGACCGGGGCGUGGGUUCCUUGGGGGUGUUGUUGUUGUUUGAAAGACCCCCCAAGGGGAGGGGGAGCCCUCCCCCCUCCCCCCCAGCCGGAACCGGGGCACUCGGAGCGAUGAAACUCCCCGGAACAUGGAGACAGGGCAAGAUUCGGGAAGAAGACUGCGAUCCAUCAGCCGGCGGCUCUACGACGAGAACGAGGACCUCUCCGACGUGGAGGAGAUCGUCAGCGUCCGGGGCUUCAGCCUGGAGGAGAAGCUGAGGAGCCCUGGCUUCCGGGGACAGUUUGUGCGGGCCAUGGAGGGCAAAGAUUUCACUUUUGAGUAUGUGCAGCGAGAGGCCCUUCGCGCCCCCCUCGUCUUCAGAAGUAAGGCUGGACUGGGAAUUAAGAUGCCAGACCCGGAUUUCACGGUACGGGACGUCAAGCUCCUUGUGGGGAGCCGUCGGAUUGUGGACGUGAUGGACGUCAACACGCAAAAAGGCACCGAGAUGAGCAUGUCUCAGUUUGUGCGCUACUACGAGACCCCCGAGGCCGAGCGCAAGAAGCUCUAUAACGUCAUCAGCCUGGAGUUCAGUCACACCAAGUUGGCCAACAUUGUCAAGCGUCCCAAUGUGGUGGACUUAGUCGACUGGGUGGACAACAUGUGGCCUCCUCAUCUGAAGGAGAAACAGACGGAUGCCACCAAUGCUAUUGCAGAGAUGAAGUAUCCCAAAGUCAAAAAGUACUGUUUGAUGAGCGUCAAAGGAUGCUUCACUGACUUUCACAUUGAUUUCGGAGGCACAUCAGUUUGGUAUCACGUUUUCCGAGGCGGAAAAAUCUUCUGGUUGAUUCCUCCAACUUCACAGAACCUAGAACUCUAUGAGGAAUGGGUUCUCUCAGGGAAGCAGAGUGAUAUCUUUCUGGGCGACAGGGUGGAGCUAUGCCAAAGAAUUGAACUGAAGCAAGGACACACUUUCUUCAUCCCUUCGGGGUGGAUCCAUGCUGUUUACACGCCGGUUGAUUCCCUGGUGUUUGGGGGCAACAUCCUGCAUAGCUUUAAUGUUCCCAUGCAGCUUCGCAUCUACGAGAUUGAGGACAGAACGAGGGUGCAGGCCAAGUUCCGCUACCCGUUCUACUAUGAGAUGUGUUGGUAUGUCCUAGAGAGGUACGUCUUUUGCGUUGCCCAGCGCUCCCACCUCAGCAAAGAGUACCAGAAAGAAUCCAUGUUCAUUGAUACAACAAGGAAACACAGCUUAGAUAGCUUCUCCUCAGAUUCCUGUGCAGACAUGGAUGACGAAUUGUGUGAUAUUCACAUCCAGGAGAAGGAUGAGAGCCCAGAGAAAACCCCCAAGGCCUCUGCGGAUGGAGCGUCUUCUCCCAACAGCACACAUUCAGAAGGGAGAGAGAUUCCUGGGAAGAAGCCAAAGCCCACGGCUGGUGGCCGGUGCCUCAAAAGGACUUUGUCUAAUGCUUCGGAUGAAAGCGUAAAGUCCACGCCGGCCGACUAUCCCAAAACGCCCACCGGCUCCCCAGCAGCUGAGGUUUCGGCCAAAUGGACUCACUUGACAGAGUUUGAACUGAAGGGCUUGAAAGCCCUCGUCGAAAAACUCGAAUCCCUUCCAGAGAAUAAGAAAUGCAUUCCCGAAGGCAUCGAGGAUCCUCAGGCUCUUUUGGAAGAUAUGAAGAAUAUCCUGAAGGAACAUGCUGACGACGAUCCACAUCUUGCCAUUUCUGGAGUCCCGGUGGUGUCCUGGCCUAAGAAAAAUGCAAAGAACCGGUCCGUUGGGCGACCCAAAGGCAAACUGGGGCCCAGCUCUGCUGUCAAACUCGCCGCAAACCGGACCACGGCUGGCGCCCGCCGGAGAAGGACACGAUGCCGCAAGUGCGAGGCCUGCCUGCGCACCGAGUGCGGCGAGUGCCACUUCUGCAAGGACAUGAAGAAGUUUGGCGGGCCCGGCCGCAUGAAGCAGUCCUGCAUUAUGCGGCAGUGCAUUGCGGUAAGCCUCCGGUCGCCUGCGCGGCAUUGUCCGGCCAGGAAAAUGCUGGCGAGUCUUUCUCCGGCCCCCAAAACAAAUGUGAUCUCGACUUUUGUGGACGAGGGCGUAGAGCGCUGCAAAGCAAGCCAGCCAGUACUGCCCCAUACGGCUGUGUGCCUGGUGUGUGGGGAAGCAGGGAAGGAAGACACGGCGGAGGAGGAGGGGGGCAAGUUUAAUCUCAUGCUUAUGGAAUGUUCCAUCUGCAACGAAAUCAUACACCCAGGAUGCCUUAAGGUGCGCGAAUCGGACGGCGUGGUGAACGAGGAGCUGCCCAACUGCUGGGAAUGUCCAAAGUGCAACCAUGCCGGCAAAACCGGGAAAGUGUACAAGCAAAAGCGCGGGCCCGGGUUCAAGUAUGCCUCCAACCUCCCUGGCUCCCUGCUCAAAGAACAGAAGAUCAACCGGGAGAACAAGGAGGUGGUCCCGGAUCUGGGCAAGCGGAAAGGCGAGUGCGAGGAGCCGCCCCGGAAGAAAGUGGACGACCGCUCCCCCAAGCCCUCUCUGGUGGACCCGCUGCUGCGGAGGAAGUCGGAAGAAGCUCACUUGCGGCGGAAGAGGAAAUUUGAAAAGCCUCCGGAACCGGCUCUGAGGAAGCAGAGGCGAUCCUGGAAGUCCCCCGAUGACCGGAGUGGCAUGGUCAAGCCCUCGCGGCGUUUCAAGCAGGAGCCCGAGGAUGACCUCCCCGAGGAGCCUCCGAAAAGCAGAGACAGCGACCAGUCCCGCUCCAGCUCCCCGAUGGCCGGCCCCAGUUCGGAGGGGGCCGAAUCCCGCGACAAGAAGAAAUUCAAGAUCCGCCGGAAGACUCGCCUCCCCAACAAGGAGCUCAGCAAGGAGCUCAGCAAGGAACUCAACCAGGAGAUCCAAAAGACGGAGAACAGCCUGGCCCAGGAGAACCACCAGCCCAUCAAGUCGGAGCCCGAGAGCGAGAACGAGGAGCCCAAGCGCCUGCUGGGUCUGGAGCGGCCCCACCGCUUCAACAAGAGCCUCAACGGCACGCCGCGGGAGCUCCGGCACCAGCUCUCGCUCAGCCUGCGCAGCAGCAGCACGGGCACCCCCCGGGCCCUGCCCCGGCCUCCCCCGUCCCUCUCGCCCCCCAAGUGCAUGCAGAUGGAGCGCCACGUCAUCCGCCCGCCCCCCAUCAGCCCCCCGCCGGACUCUCUCCCGCUGGACGACGGGGCGGCCCACGUCAUGCAGAGGGAAGUCUGGAUGGCCGUCUUCCGCUACCUCAGCCACAGCGAGCUCUGCGUCUGCAUGAGAGUGUGCCGGACCUGGAAUCGGUGGUGCUGUGAUAAAAGAUUGUGGACCAGAAUAGACCUAAACCAUUGCAAGUCCAUCACUCCGCUCAUGCUCAGUGGCAUCAUCCGGCGGCAGCCAGUCAGCCUCGAUUUGAGCUGGACAAACACAUCCAAGAAGCAGCUCAGCUGGCUCAUCAACAGACUCCCAGGCCUCCGGGAUUUGCUGUUGGCCGGCUGCUCCUGGAUUGCCGUGUCCGCUCUCUGCAGCUCCAGUUGCCCACUCCUCCGAACGCUGGAUGCCCAGUGGGUGGAGGGCCUUAAAGAUGCCCAGAUGCGAGACCUUUUGUCCCCACCAACUGACAACAGGCCCGGUCAAAUCGACAACCGGAGCAAGCUGCGCAAUAUCACGGAAUUGCGCCUGUCGGGGCUGGAUAUCACGGAUGCGUCCUUGCGCCUGAUCAUCCGCCACAUGCCUCUCCUGUCCCGGCUCAACCUCAGCUACUGCAACCACAUGACGGACCAGUCCAUCAACCUGCUCACAGCGGUCGGGACCCCUACGCGGGACUCCUUGACCGAGGUCAUCUUGCAAGACUGCAACAAGGUAACGGACCAGUGUCUCUCCUACUUCAAGCGCUGCGGGAGCAUUUGCCAGAUCGACCUGCGGUACUGUAAGCAGGUGACCAAGGAGGGCUGCGAGCAGUUCAUUGCGGAGAUGUCUGUGAGCGUCCAGUUCAGCCAAGUGGAAGAGAAACUGCUCCAGAAGCUGAGUUAGUGUUUCCGGGCGGCAUGGGUGCCGAUAGAGGCGAAGACUGAGCUCCCCGCAGAAACUGUCGUUGCUUUGGGGCAUGCGCCGAGCGCAAUUCAAACUCUUUGAAACUUUUCUGUGGCAUCCUGACACUCUCAGGGCCUCUGACGUACUUUUCCCAGGCCGAGGGGACGAUGGGGUCUUGUCUACAUGUUUUGGGAGAGACUCAAAAGCGGUGUCGAUUCUCGCGUUGUGAACUUUCUUUUUCGUACAGCCUACGUUGCGUAGAACUAUUUUUGUACAAAUUUGUUUUUAAAAAAGAAAAGGUUAUUUAUGCAGCGACACUGAAGGCAGUGGCCAAUGUUUUGAUUUGGGUUUGAGGUUAAAAAAAAAAGACAAAAACGGUCGGGUGGGAAAGUUGGAUAAUUCCUUCAGUUGGGGAGGGGGAAAAAAAGCAGAUUUGGAUGGAUAUUCUGGAAACAUUGUACACACUUGGGAGGCAGAAAAGACAGCCGACGGAUGAACUUGGCAACAUGUUUAUUUUAUUUAAUAUAAGUUUAAAUAAUAAAUAAAAUAAACAUGUUGCCAAGUUUCCCCUGUAUAAAAAAAUUCCUCUUUUCUGAUUUUUUGAAAAUGUCGUUAUGUUUGUGAACAGAGGGAAAUGCAAUAUCCUUGUGGAACAAAUUCGUUGAUACUACAAGUUUUGUCAGCUUCUUGUUUCAAGUGUUUUCCAACUUUUGGUCCUCUCAAGUGUUUUGGACUUUGGCUAGGAUUUCUGGGAGUUGGGAUCCAAAAUACUUGGAGAUCCAAAGGUUGGGAACCACCGUUUUAAGGUGUCGCCUGCCGAAUUCCCGAUUGUAAAGUGAAGAGGGGAAAGAACACACACGCAAACAUAUAUAUAUAUAUAAGUGCCAUUGUUGUAAAGUGGUGUUUUUCUUCCCAUAGACCUCCGUCCCUCAUGCGGUUUUGCUUCUGUUGAAUUUGUAUAAAUGAUUGUUUUAAAAAAACA